UCCCCUCCCGGCCUCCCAUUCCCCCGACCCCAACUCCCUCCCGACGGCCGACUCCCAGGCUCCCAGCCUCCUUGGCGCCCGCCGCCCAGCGCCUACGGGGCCACGCCGUAGGCCUCAGUGCGCCGCGCCGCCACCGCCACUCCGCGACCGCAAGGCACCCAGGGCCCAGCCGCCCAGGCCACCCGCUGAGUCGCUGACCCGCCCGCCCGUCCGCUCGCGACCUCGCGUCGCGGCCAGCCUCCCACCUGCCGCGCCGCAGCGGGGAGCAGGGGACGCGCCGUCGCGCCAAGGCUCCGACGCGCCAUCGCCUCUGGGCUCCGACGACGACGACAACUCAAGGACGUUAGCAACAAGGGAGGAAUCUUAUUGAUGAAUCUAGCAAUUUGGAAAAUCCGAACUUUUAAUUACCCGAAUUACCCGAACGCCCAGGGCUAGCCGGAGAGGUCUCGAGUCUUCACCAAUUGCGGCGGCGCCGGCGCGGCUGCAGUCUCUCCGACGGGGAGGUCCUCACUCACGAGACGAGUGUGAUGUCGUACAUGCGCGGUGACCUGCUGACCAAGACGCGGAAGCUGGUGAAGGGCCUCGCCAAGCCCGCCCCCACAUGGCUCAAGGCCAUGGAAGAGGCACCUCCAGUGACAUUUCCUCGUGUGGAUGGAAAGAUCAAGAAGAUUGAGAUGCCAGAGGAUGUGUACGUUAAAAAGUUCUUCAAAAAGCAUCCAGAUUCGCUCUACCAUGAUGCAAUCAAGAUAAGUGGAUUUGAUCCGCCACCAGCACGAGUUUUUGCUUGGCGUGUCUUGGAGUUGAAAGAGCAAGCAGUCAGUGAAGAUUAUGCGAUGGCUGUAGCAGAUUUUGAGUAUCGCAAAGAAAAGAAAGCCAAGAAGAAAGCAUACAAGGAACUUAAAGAAAUUGCCCGCAGUGAAGGAAAGGAACCACCGCCAAACCCAUACCCAAGUGCAAUCAAGGAAAUACAAGCAGAGGAAAAGAAGUAUGUCAUGGAUCGUUUCUAUAACCCUAAGGUAAUUGAGAUUGCGAAUAAGAUGAAGGAGGAGAGAGAUAUGUUGCUUCAAGAUAGAGUGGCAUCAGGUCAGUGGUAGUAACAGGCAUUAGUUGGACUGGCCGACUAGGUAUUAUGUUUAUGAAACUGGCCAACUGUCAUUAUAAAAAUAAUGGAUGCGUAAUUGAAAUUGAUAUGGCAAACAUGAAACUUUGUUUUUACACAUCUCUUGAGAUGGUAAGUCUGCUCGGAAAUUCAAUAUUUGUCCUUA